AUGGCAGCGUAUCCUCCAGAUGUACACGGUCAACUGAUGCCUGACUUUCUUGCCCGCGAGUACCCCGAAAUCGCUGAGCGCGGUUUGUGUUACAUCGAUCUAUGGCCAAUUUCCUGGCCCAUGAUGGCUACCUUCCACCCGGAUAUUGCAGCGCAGUUUACCCAAGAAACAUCGCGCCCAAAGCACGGGAUUAUUCGUGGUCAGUUUCAACCUCUGACUGGACUGAAGGACCUUGUUCUGGCGGAGGGGUCAUUUUGGAAGAGGUGGCGAGCGAUGUUCAACCCCGGCUUUUCGACGCAAAAUAUAUCAGCUCUUGUCCCGGAAUUUAUCGAAGAGGCAUCAAUCUGGAAAAAGCACUUGCAGCAAGUUGCCAAAGAUGAUCGAGUUGUUCUUCUUGAAGAUUCCGUUAUGAAAGCGACGUGCGACGUUAUUGGUCGUUCCGUAUUGGGCCGAAGCUUGGGAAUUCAAUCUGGUAUAGACGACAAGAUCUUUCCUACGCUCAAGGCCGCCAUUGGGCUUCUCGUUACGGAUUGGUCGCCGCCAAACUGGAGUCGCCUUCUGGAUCCGUUCCGCCACCGGCGCCUUGCAAACCUCAAUCAGAAACUGCGAGAUCAACUCAAACCGUUGAUCCAGAGUCAACUCCAAAACCACGAGGGCGAUAGAGGACCCAAGACUAUCAAUGGUCUCGCUAUCAACACAUACAUAAAGGAGACUGGAAGCGAGACUAAUACCAAUUCCGGUAUUGAUAACGAGUUCCUUGAUGUAACGAUUGAAAACCUCAAAAUCUUUCUUUUUGCCGGCCAUGAUACCACCGCGUCAACCCUUUGCUUCGCUUACAACUACCUGGACCAGCAUCCACAUGUAAUGAAGAAGCUGCGGAAAGAGCACGAUGAGGUCCUAGGUCCUGAUCCCACCUAUGCAACAUCGAAGAUUUCUGAAACCCCUACAAUUUUGAACCAACUCGUGUAUACUACCGCGAUCAUCAAGGAAACCCUUCGACUCGAACCGCCAAUUGGCUCCUGUCGCGAAGGCUCCCCUACAUUCUUCCUGCGACAUCCCGAAACCGGACAGGAGCUUCCUACCGAUGGCUUUAUCCUGUUUUCCGCAAGCAAGGCAAUCCAUCGCAACCCGAGAUUCUGGGCGGAUCCUGACAAGUUUAUACCAGAGCGCUGGUUGCAGCCGGACUUUCAUCGAACUGCCUACCGCCCAUUCGAGCUAGGCCCUCGAGGCUGUAUUGGACAGGAGCUUGCCUUGACAGAGCUUAGGUUGCUCCUGGCUAUGACUGUCAGGGAUUUGGAAAUCAUUCCAGCGUACGGAGACAGUGAGGACAAGCUAUAUGGCUACCAAGCAUAUCAGGCGCAUAUGCCUGGCGAGCUUACGGCGCACCCGAGUAAGGGCAUGCCAGUGAAGGUGAGACUUCGAAAGGUAUAA